AUGAACAACAAGAUGAAAUCAGGCAACCCUGUAAUCCCAGGCUGGUACGCCGACCCGGAAGCCCGCAUCUUCAACCAACGAUACUGGAUCUACCCAACCUACUCGGCCGCCUACGAAACCCAAACCUUCUUCGACGCCUUCUCCUCGCCCGACCUCCUCACCUGGACCAAACACCCCCGCAUUUUGGAUUUCGGGAACAUCCCCUGGUCCACCAAUCGCGCUGCCUGGGCGCCCUCCGUCAUUCGUUGGCCUGCCCUUGCAUCUCCCAGAGCCAAGGGCAGUAGACCUUCCACAGGGAAAAGGGAGGAUGAUCAUGGGGAUGGGUAUGAUUACUUUAUGUACUUCUCCGCAGGCGACGGGGCAGGGAUAGGCGUUGCGAAAUCGACGACUGGCAGACCGGAGGGCCCCUAUGCGGAUGUUCUUGGGAAGCCGCUUGUCCCGAGGACGGUGUUUGGCGCGGAGGCGAUCGACCCGCAGGUGUUUAUUGAUGAUGACGAGCGCGUGUGGUUGUAUUUCGGGGGUUGGAGCCAUGCGGUGGUGGUGGAGUUGGGGAGUGAUAUGGUGAGUUUGAAGGGGGAAUAUUUGGAAAUAACCCCCAAGGGGUAUGUUGAGGGGCCGUGGAUGAUGAAGAGGGAGGGGGUGUAUUACUUUAUGUUUAGUGUGGGGGGAUGGGGAGAUGACUCCUACGGGGUGAGUUAUGUCACUGGGGAGUCGCCUACGGGCCCGUUUACCACAGAGCCGGUCAAGAUUCUCUCUGGGAAUGCGAGGGUCGGUACCGCGACGGGCCAUAACAGUGUGUUUACGCCGGAUGGACAGGACUACUAUAUCGUCUACCAUCGGCGGCCGGUGAACGACACCGAGCGCGAUCACCGCGUGGUCUGCAUCGAUCGGAUGGAGUUUGAUGAAGAGGGGAAUAUCCGGCCGGUGGUGAUUACGACUAAGGGCGUAAAUGCAAGGGCAUUGAGUUAG